CUCAUGUUUAACACUGAACCCUUUCCAGUGUUCACAAUGCUUCAGCUAAUUUUCAUCGUGAUGACCAUUGCUUCCACUAUACCUUCUCCUGCUGAAGGUGCCACUAUUCUAGAACCGAAACGUCUGAUGAAGAGAGGCGAAAACAUAAGGCUGUGCGGACGGAUGCUGGUGCAGACCCUUAGCUUACUCUGUGAUGGAGAAUAUUACGACCCCAACGAAGGCAAUACGCGUGGGAAGAGAAAUUUUGGAACUGAGCAAGUUGGAAUUGAUACCUAUCCUCAGUGGCUCGCCCUCGCUUUAAUGUCCAGAAACCAACUCGAAGCCAGCCAGGACAGUCCAGAUCUGCCACUUUUUAACAACCGAGAACCGAGAGGAAUUGUUGAUGAAUGCUGUAAAAAGGCUUGCUCAGUACGAACCCUUUUAGCCUAUUGUCGCAAUGUGGCCCGUAUACUAAUUUUCGUCGUGAUGACUAUUGGGUUUAUCGUAUCUUCAGCGACUGAUGGUGCCGCUGCCCUAGAACCGAAACUUGUAAUGAAGAGGGGUAGUAAUGUACGGCUUUGUGGAAGAAUGUUGGUACAAACCCUCAACUUACUAUGCGACGGAGAAUACUACGAUCCAGGAGAAAACAGGGUGGGAAAGAGGAGCUUUGGAACCGAGCAAGCUGAAAUUGAUUCCUUUCCUCAAUGGCUUGUCCUUGCCUUGACAUCCAAAGGCCAGCUUGAAGCCAGCCAGACCAAUCCUGAUUUGACAGCUUUCCACAAAAGAAGACCGAGGGGUGUUGUUGACGAAUGUUGCAGACAGUCUUGUACAGUAUCAACUCUCCUGUCCUACUGUCGACGUGUGGAUUAAAAACUUUGGAUACUCUAUCGAUGAGGACUAAAUGUGAAUAUGAUUGUAGGUCAAAAAAUGUUUUGGUGUAAAGAUAUGUUGGUCUCUUUUGACUGUAUUUUCUGCACGUUUAGAUAAAUUAUCAAAAUUGUUGUUAUAUUUGCAUGCGUUUCUGUAAACAGUUUCUUCAUUGUUUAAUGACAAUAUGCCCUUUCUUGACUAAAAACGAUAUUAUGACGUUCUUCCCAGU